AUGCCUCGUGAGUACCUUCGCAAUUCAUCCCUCAUCUUUUGCUGUAACAGAAGUAACAAGCUUUUCUCCCAGGCGUCGUCCUUCUUCGGCGGGAAGCCACCGCUCGACAUAAGCGUGGGGUACGCCGUCGUGCUCGGCUUCGGCGCGUUCUUCGCCGUGUUCACGUCGUGGCUCGUGUGGCUGGAGCAGCGCUACGUGGGCACGCGGCAGAGCUCCGAGUGGUUUAACACGGCGGGCCGCAAUGUCAAGAUGGGUCUUAUCGCGUCCGUCAUCGUCUCGCAGUGGACGUGGGCUGCUACCAUUCUGCAAUCCUCGAACGUCGCGUGGCAGGACGGCGUGAGCGGUCCGUUUUGGUACGCGAGCGGCGCGACGAUUCAGGUGCUGCUGUUCGGCAUCAUCGCCAUUGAGAUCAAGCGCAAGGCGCCCAACGCGCAUACCGUCUGCGAGAUCGUCAAGGCCAGGUGGGGCACGGCGGCGCACAUCGUGUUUCUGUGCUUCUGCUUCCUCACCAACAUGAUCGUCACCGCCAUGCUGCUUCUCGGCGGGUCAGCGGUGGUCAACGCGUUGACCGGCCUCAACAUCUACCUCGCGUCGUUCCUCAUCCCGCUCGGCGUCAUCUUCUACACCCUCGCUGGCGGCCUCAAGGCGACGUUCCUGGCGAGUUACAUCCACUCGGUGAUCGUGCACAUCAUUCUCCUCGUUUUCGUCUUCCUCGUUUACUGCACAAGCUCGUGGCUCGGAUCGCCGUCCGCCGUGUUCAACAAUCUGACAUUCGCCGCGAGCCCCACGCGCGACUGCUCGCUGCAGCACCCCGGGCAGCACUGCGGGCCCGUGUCGGGCAACAAGGACGGCUCGUACGUCACCAUGAUGUCUAUCAAUGGAUUCGUCUUCGGCCUUAUCAACAUCGUCGGCAACUUCGGCACUGUCUUCGUCGACAAUGGUUACUGGAUGAGCGCUAUUGCGGCGAAGCCGUCGUCGACGCACAAGGGGUAUCUGCUGGGUGGGCUCGUGUGGUUCGCCGUGCCCUUCUCGCUCGGAACGUCGCUCGGGCUGGGGGCCGUCGCGCUCGGGCUGCCAAUUACGCAGGCGGAAGCCAACCAAGGGCUCGUGCCGCCCGCCACGGCCGUCGCGCUGAUGGGCAACUGGGGCGCCGUGCUCAUUCUCAUCAUGCUCUUCAUGGCCGUGACUUCCGCUGGCUCUGCUGAGCUUGUUGCCGUUUCAACUCUGGUGACGUACGAUAUCUACCGUACGUACAUCAACCCCAAGGCGAACGGCAAGCAGAUCCUGCUGUGCUCGCGAAUCAUGGUGCUCGCGUUUGGCCUCUUUAUGGGCGUCCUCGCUAUAGCGCUGAACCAGGCCGGAGUGUCCCUCGGCUGGAUGUACCUCGUGAUGGGUGUGCUUAUCGGAAGCGCGGUCAUUCCCAUCGCGAACGUGAUUCUCUGGAAGAAGGCGAACGGGUUUGGCGCUAUUGCUGGCUGCCUCAUCGGCAUGGUUGCAGGCAUUACCUCGUGGCUGGUGGUGGCGAAGGUGCAGUAUGGAGUGCUGGACCUUGACAGCACCGGAGCCAACUCCUCUACACUCACUGGCAACCUCGUCUCCAUCAUCACUGGCGGCGUUGUGCACGCCAUCUGCAGUUUCGCCAAGCCAGACAACUACGACUUUGAGGGUACGCGUUGCAUUGCCCUCGUGGACGCCGACGGGCAUGCUGAGGUGGACCCUGAGGAGUACAGCCAGCAGAAGCUGUUGUCCGCCAAGAAAUGGAUCUUCAUCUGGGGCUCUGCCUUCACCAUCGUCAUCGCCAUCCUCUGGCCCAUCCUCUCCCUCCCGGCCGGUGUCUUCUCCCUCGGGUAUUUCACCUUCUGGGCGGUUAUUUCCAUCGUGUGGGGUUUUGUCGGCUCGGCGGUUAUCAUCCUCCUGCCGCUGUACGAGAGCUGGACGGAUCUGUGCCUUGUCAUGAACGGCAUGUUCACCAACGAUUUGAUUCUCGAGAAGGUGGAUGAUGUGGGGCUCAAGGUGACGGCGCUGAUGUCGACGAAUCAGGACGCGGAGAAGCACUACCUGCUGCACAAGGAGCAGAUGAAGGAGCUGCGGUCCCAGAUGCCUCCUCCGGCCCUCGAGCAUAAGGAGCUGGUGGGAGAGGUGGACCUCGACUGA